GCCACACGCUCUCCGCUUCUCCUCCGCCGCGCUGCUCCUGCCGCUCUCCUCUGGAUAUUCAUCCCUGGGUCGUUUUAUAUAUAUCUUUUUUUCUUUUUUUGUAUUAUUCUUAUGAAUGGGCAGCCGUGGCCGGUGUGAGGAGCUUGUGAAUGGACUGACUGACUGACUGACAGUCUGGCAAGAAGAGAGAGAAGGAGAGAGAGAGAGAGAGAGAGAGAGAGAGACAGCUGUGUUUCAAUUAAAGAGGGCAAUGCUGAGAGGUCAAGCGAGGAGCCGCGGAGCCUGGAAAUAAAACAAAACAAGACACGUGAGGGUCAUCGAGAAAGUGAAGAUUAUCACCAAAGACUAAGAGAGGAGGAUGGUUCAUCACAGAGAAGAGGACCUGAUAGGGAUCCCCUUCCCCAAUCACAGCAGCGACGUCCUCUGCAGCCUCAAUGAGCAGCGGCGUGAAGGGCUGCUCUGCGAUGUAAUCCUCAUCGUGGGUGACCAGGAGUACCGCACCCACCGCUCCGUCCUGGCCGCCUGCAGCCAGUACUUCAAGAAGCUCUUCACAGUUGCCACCACUGAUGGUGGAGAUCCCCAUCACACGGCGGCCGUUUACGAAAUUGACUUUGUGGCCCCGGACUCCCUCGCGGCCAUCCUGGAGUUUGCCUACACCUCCACUCUGACCGUGACGGCGUCCAACGUUAAAGAGAUCCUGAACGCGGCUCAGAUGCUGGAGAUCCCGUGCAUCAUCAACGUUUGCCUGGAGAUCAUGGACAGUGGGGGUGUAGAAGGCGGCGGUGGGAGGAGGGAGGAGGAGGAGGAGGAAGAGGAGGAUGGGGAGGAGGAGGAGGAGGAGGAGGAAGAAGAGGAAGAAGAUGAAGAGGAGGACAUGGGGUCGAGGAGGGAUGAGCAGGAUGAAGAGGAGGACAACGUCAGCGAGAGGUCACUGCAGUCGUCUGAGAGCCGAGGGGAGCAGACGCCUCCGGGGAUGGAGGAGUCGCAGCCUCCGAGCACCUCCACGUACCAGCAGCAGUUUGACGUGCACAGAGAGUCGCCACAGUCGCAGUCUCCAGACAACAUGAGGGCUAAACAGGAGAGUAUGGAGAGUCGGGCUCUGAAGGAUUUCUCCAUCGAGUCCCUCCUCCAGGAAGGGCUGUAUCCUCGCAUGUCAACACUGGAUCGGCGGACCAGCUUCUCCCCUCUCUUCCCCGGCUUCUACCCCUCCAUGUGGGCUGCAGAGUUCCCAGCAUUCCCUCAGCAGCUCCUGGACCCCGGCCACCAUCAACACCCCCAUGCAGGCGCCUCACUGCCAAUCCGGCUCCCCCAUGCAUUCUCCAACUCCACCCAGCGCGAGGCCUCCAGGCCCCUCGACCUCGCCGUGAAGAGAGAGAUCAUAAAGGAGGAGAUGAAAGAGGAAGUCCCGCCCAGUCUGCUCCACGGCGACUUCCUGAAGGAGUUUGUCAGCUCGGGCCUAGGCGGCACGGUGAACGCCGGGUCGGUGCCCUCAGAGGGUCACGCUCUGGGUCAGAUUAAGGACGAGGCCGACUUCCGCUCGUACCUGAGCUUCCUGAGCUCGGCUUCCCACCUGGGGGCGCUCUUCCCUCCCUGGCAGCUGGAGGAGGAGAGGAAGAUGAAGCCAAAGGCGUCACAGCAGUGUCCGAUCUGCAACAAGGUCAUCCAAGGAGCCGGGAAACUGCCACGACACAUGAGGACGCAUACGGGAGAGAAGCCAUACAUGUGCACUAUCUGUGAAGUACGAUUCACCAGACAAGACAAGCUGAAGAUCCACAUGAGGAAGCACACAGGCGAGCGCCCCUACAUCUGCCUCCACUGCAACUCCAAGUUUGUCCACAACUACGACCUGAAGAACCACCUGCGAAUCCACACGGGGGUCCGUCCCUAUCAGUGCGAGCACUGCUACAAAAGUUUCACGCGGUCCGACCACCUACAUCGACACAUCAAGAGGCAGAGCUGCCGAAUCUCCCGCCCCAGGCGAGGGCGAAAGCCGGCCGCCUGGCGGGCCACACCCAGCAGCAACUUCCUGUGCCCCCCCUCGACCACCACCAACCGCUUUGAAGAGAACGGGUUGAGCCCUGCGUACCAGGCGGUCAAGAGUCACGGACUGGGGGAGAUGGUCGGCCUCGGCAGUAGGGGUCUUGGCAUUAAGAGCUCGGGCAGGGAGAGCAGGGAGGAGCGGCGAGCAGAAGGGAAGCACGCCGCAGAGGAGGAGACGGCAGGAGACGGGAGGCAGAGAGGAGUGUUCGCCUUCGCUCUGGCUGGAGAAGAAGUGCUUACCCGCUCACCAUUUUAUGCUGCGACCUCUGACCCCUGGACCAUGAGACUGGAGCGCGCUCCGCCCCUAUCUGAGCCGGCCAAAUGAGCUCUGGUCUGCCGAAGACGAUAAAAAAAAGACAAGAAAGAAAAUCUCUUUAAUCUCCAUGUCUGUUCAGCUCCAGGAAACUAAAGCACCUUUUUUAAAGAAAAGAAAAGUGAGAUCAGUGAACUAAGCCUGCUUAUGUGGCUGUGUUUUUUUGUUUUGUUUUUGAAAACGCUUUCUAAUUAAACAAUUUCAAAGAUGCCAUGUUAAAUAAUAGUUUCAGCCCUGUGGAUGUUUGCACAUCAUUUGAAAAGAGGUACUGUGGAGAACAUUUCAGAGUACUGUUAUUUGCAUUAUUUCUCUACAAGGCUGUAGAAAUUAAGUUUAGUUCAAAAAUCUAUUAACACAUUUCUACAAUAUCCUCUGAAGCAAGAUAAAAUCAGGCUUUUAUUUUUGAAAAUAAUUCAUAUGCAAGAAACUGUUUCCUACAUCCAGAGCAGGGCUGAUUGUUAUUUGAAUUAAUGAUGAUAAUGAAAGUAACAUUUUUGAUUUAAUAACCAAAUUAUUUAUGGUAGAAUUAGUUUUGUUUAUAUCUGAAACAUUCCCCUAUCCUUCAAUGAAGAAGGGAAGUGACAAAAAUAAAUAAAAUACAAUCCUAAUAAAUUUAAUCUUUCAUCCAAACAUCUCACCCUGAUGUUUAUUAUGGAUGGCUGGGUUAAGGUGUUGAAAAGGCACGAACAACUAUUAGAUUACAGCAGGGCAUCGUCUGCCACACGUCCUGAAAGUACGAUUGUUUCCAGCAUAUUUAAUAAUCCAAAACAUAGGGAACUCACUUGAAAAAUAAAUAAAAUCAGGAUGUUAGAUGAUGUGUUUUGUUCCUCUCACUGCCUUGUUCUGAUUCAAGCUCCUCGUCUGCACUAUUGUACAUAGACACAAACGUUUGGCCAUUGCGGUGUUAAUUGCUGAUGAUGUAAAAGAAAAAAAAAGGAUGACGGACAAACGACUCUUAGGCAUCCAUCCAAAGAUGUGUACUUUGAUAUUUCACAGACUUGAAUAAGAUUCGGUUUCGAUGUUUUCAUGUAUAUAUUUCUGACUAAUCAAACUGCCGCUUUAGCUUUACAGUAUGCUUGUGAUUUUUGUUUUUUUUUUCUGCUGCAAAAAGUCAUGAGGGUUUCAGGCCCCUGUUUCCAUAUAAUGUUGAUCUCUGAUUUGUGUAUAAAGACGUUCAAAAAGUAUUUGAAUUGAAAUGGGAAAGUAUUUUCUUGCUAUUUAUGCAUAUUUAAAUGAAUGAGCCUUGGCUAUAUUUUGCAAAUCGUUUUAUAAAGACACUAAAUGUUGAACUUU